CAUCACAUAAGCCACAACUAAUGAGUCUGUUUAAUCUGAACCAUGAAUAUCAACGAGUCCCCACAGAAGAUAAUUCUAUUAAAGGUGUAGAGACAAGAACUACAAAACCAGUUCCACUAGAUGUGAUAGAGCGAAACAAUCGUACUGCAAGAAGUCAAUCUUCAUUCGAUCGAUUAUUUUGUAAAAGAUUCUUUCGAAUAUGUAAAAUCCUUUUUUCUCGUUCAAAUCCUGAUGGAAAUCUUAUUGGAAUAUGGUUUAUCUUUAUCUUGGCCAGCCUUAUAAAUGAGGUUGCCGUAUAUUUUGCUGGAAGUAUUCCUAGUAGAUUUUAUAUGAUUUUGAUCAGUAAAGACUUUGAUGGCUUUCAAACUCUCUUGAUUUUUUCGGGCCUUAUUGUUUUGGGUGCUGGCUUGGGUAAAAGUGUUGUAAAAUUUGUUGGUGGAAUAUUUUCUUUAUUCACGAGAAAAAUUUUGACAAAACACUUGCAAAGUAAAUACGUCAAUCAAAAUACUUUAUAUCGACUUUUAACCAUGCGUCCAGAUAUUGAUAAUCCUGAUCAGCGUAUAACUCAAGAUGUAGAUAAAUUUGCUGAAUCCCUAAGAGUUAUUUGUGAAGAAAUCAUCAUCUCUCCCGUUCUCAUCGCUUAUUACACAUAUCUUACAUGGGUAUUUAGCGGUUAUUUGGGUCCAUUAAUGAUUUACAUGUAUUUUAUUUUUGGCAUUAUUGGAAGUCGCUUUCUUAUUGUGCCAUUGGUAAAUUUGGUGUUUAUGAAAGAAUUUCAUGAAGGAAAUUUCAG